AGAUGUGGUGUGUCUGUCAUUCUAAUUGUAGUCCUUUUUUGAUGGCUCAUCUUGUUGUUUGGGUUGUUGGAAGAGCAGUGUAGAUGAUUAUUCUAACUGCUUUUGUUAAAAAGUUAGCGAAGAAUUGCAGAAUUCGCUAUUCUGCAAAGAUACAACAUAUCUUUUACUUUUGUUUUUUAUAGAAGAUUCGUUUUUUAAAUUCUCAGGCUUAUCAUGAGAGAUUGUUGAAAAGUUAGCUACUAGACGUAGAUAUUCAUAGUAAGUAAGUAGCAUCUCAAACAGUAAUCCUUAUUCAUCUCGAUCUCUCAGAGGAUCUAAGAAAGAUGACGAACCCGUUCGAGGGGGAUGGCGACGAGCCAGUCGACGUGCCUGGUGAUCGAAUUACAUCAAGCGAGGAGGAAAACCUGGAAAAAUCGGUACUCAACGUUUCUCGAAGCUCAACCAUGAUCUACUCUUAGCUGCACGUGCUGCAUCUUAAUAUUUCGAUUUCCUUUUUCGGACAAGUUGUACAAGAUAUGAAUGCGUACUUAUGUCAACUCUUGUUGACUCCACCACUAAUUUUUGUAGUCUGAUGAAAGAGAACAAGAAUGGUAGUUGGUUUUCUUGAAUAGAUUUCAUCAAUUAAUACUGAGUAUUAAAUACUCGUGCAGGUCGUCCGCGAUUCCGAGAUGAAGGGUGCGGCUGGAGAGCAGGAGAGUGACGUUGAGAAGGAGGAGCGUUCUGAAGAACAGGGUCAAGAACAGAGUGGUGGAUCCGAGCGCGGCGCUGACGAUGAUGAAGAAGCGAGUAAGGACGCAGGCGCGGGGGACGACAAUGGAGACAAUGAAGAUGGUGCCUCAAAGAUCUCGAAAGGGGAUGGAGGUGGUGAUGAAGAAAGUAAUGCUCCGGAAGACGAAAGCAAAGCAGCCGGCGACGAGGAAGAUGAGGAGGAGGAGUUUGAUCCCGUGAAGGCGCGCAUUGAAGAAUUAGUCACAGCAUGGACUGCCACACACGACGUAAGUCAAGACCGUCUGACAGAGCGCGAAAACUACGAUCGCUGGUACGAGAAGGAGCAAGCCGCAGAUGCGGGAGAAAAAGGCCUCACAAAGCCACUCUUCCCCGAAAUCUGGAAGCACCUCCAGGAGAAGAAGGAACGCGAAGAAAGCGUGGCACGCAAGGAAAAACAAGACGAAAUCCGCCGUAAGCGGGAAGAAAAACGAGAGCAGACGAGGAAAGAACGCGAAGAAAAGCGAACGCAGAAGCGUGGAGCGUCCCAGUCGCCAAGAAACCAUCGUACUUGAGCAAGAGACUGAUACACUGCGUAAUCAAUUGAUGAUGUUUCAGCAAACGGUAAAACUACAACUUGCACUGUUGAGGUGUUAGUACCUUCGUUUGAACGAUCAUAUUCACAAAAAUUGUAUCAACACUAUUAACAAAAGCUAAAACAAUUUCAGGUGAGGAUGAAAAGCGUCGUCGGCGCUCUGAGCCGCGCGACGGUGGCAAGGCUUUCGACUUGCGCACUGCAUCCAAAGAGGAGAUUCGGGAGCGCAAGAUUGCUGACAUGAAUCGUUUUUUGCCGGUCUUCGAAAAAUGCUGCGCCGAGCACGUUUUUGCUCGAAAGCUUCCGUUUAAUGUGUACCAUCUUGGUGACGUUCUGGAGCAUGAGUUCGACUUUACAGCAGACACCGCUCUCUGGGACUUUCGUGCGCUUUUGCGCUUUACGCGUGACGAAACCGCGUCCGAUCCGCUCUUCGAGUUUGAGGAUCCCAACUACAGCAAGCGUCGUAAUUUGACCGCGGGCUUGUUCUUCGUCUGGUUCAAGCACGGCGUGAAGACGGACCUCACGAAGGAUCCGAAUUUGUACUCGAACAAGUACUACAAGCCGAACUGCGCGCACCGUGCCCCGGAGUUGGCACGCAUCAACGAGGAGUGGCAGAAAGGAGAGGCCUGCGGUGAGAGCCGUGCGGAAUUUGAAUUCUCGAAAAACCAGGUGAUGGAGGCGUGGGAGGAUGCGUUGAAGGAACUCUGCGAAGACGGACUGCCCGUUCCGCUGCCGGUCCACGUGAAAGAGGUCACAAAUUUCUUGUUGACCAAGCGGCCGGAAAUGGCCACUCUCAAUACGGAAUUCGUGGACUCUCACGACAUCUGGCGCGAAGCCAAGCGCCGUGGCAUUGUCGACCUGGACGGUGACCGUGGCGAGAGCACGCGCAUGAUCUGGGUCAAGUUUCCGUACAUUGCGAAGACCAAUCCGAAGCCGGAUCACGUGCUGGGUGUCGGAAACCCAGACUCGAAAGAAUCGAGCAAUAAUUACGAGCGGGAUCAGCACUCGAAGGAAGACAGGAAGGGUAAUGGCAAGGGCUUCUUCAGCAAAGGCGUGGGAAAGUCGGGAGGCAAAAACUACGGGGAAUCCUCCAGCGGAUUCCGCUGGGAUCCAUGGUCACUGCCGCCAACGAGCUACAAGGGUCAAGCGUACAAUAACAAAGGCUCAUCGCGUGGCGGAGGCAUGAUUUCUCGCUUUGAUUCUGGACCCGACAGCAAAGGCUACGGGGACGCAAAACGUCGCGGAGAUUCUCGAGGACCGCGCGCACAGCGAGCUGCUGGUACCAAAAAACACAAUUUUUUAUUUGACGAGACCUGACUUGAUAUUCUCUGGGCUUCGCAGGGAAUCCAUCUUGAUGUCGAUCAUGCGGUUACUUGUUCCACUACAUGGAGUUCCACUCAUAGCGUCUUCUCAUCAAUCCUCAGAUCAUUUCCUUAUCUGCUUAGAAUCCAAGUAUGACAAUGACUGGGGAUUUUAAGUCAUCGAGCGUCACUCUCUCUCUUUCUGUGAAACCAAUCGAUGUAAAAUUUUCUAUUGCACCAGGAGGAAAACGCGGAGUUGAGCUGACACGACCGGCAGACCGCGAGCGCAUGGACCGUGAGCGGAUGGACCGAGAUCGCGCAAAUAAGGUAGAUCGGGAUGGUGAGGCCGCACCUCUCCCACCACGCGGAAGAGCGCCUUUGCCGCCACCAAGAAAGCGAGCGGGAUCAGUACUUUUUAUUUUUUACCUUGAACAAGAUGUGUGCGGUCACAUUGUAGUUGCUCGUUUAAAUAUACAAAUGUUGUUGCUCAUGCAGAUGCUUUCCAUCGAUCUACAAUCGGCUGCACAAAAAUCAUUCCAAACACCUCAACUCAAACUCUCCUUGAUGAAUGGUGAUCGUCUAUCCGAUUCCACCAAACUAUGAUUUUUAAUAGGACUCGCCGCCGAAAGAUCGCGCCCGUGACAACAGCGAGGAGCCACCUCCACCCCGUCGUGAGGAAGCUGCACCUUUGCCUCCCAGCCGCGGCAACCGUGGCACGGAAGAUCGACGUGAUAAGGACACUCGAGGACGCGGUGAAAUCGCACGCGCAGGAUCGCGAGCCGAGCCACCGCGAGAUGACAGGCGGCGAGGAGACCAGGACAAUCGCCGUGACGAUAAUCGCCGCGAUGGCGGACGUGCUCCUCCUCCAGCUUCCAGGGACGAAGAUCGUCGUGGAGCAAGAGAUGAAGACCGGCGCCCGGCUCACAAAGACGAUCGUCGUCGCGAUGCUCCUUCAAAAGACGAUGAUCGGAGUCGUGGACGCGGGCGUGACGAUGACCGACGUGGCAAGGUAAACGAUGACGAUCGACGCGGAGCAAACCAGGCAUCCAGCAGAGGAAGAGGUGGAGGACGUCCCAAUGGUCGCGAUGCGCCGCAGGACCGGCGUCAAGAGCGCGUGCGCAGCGAUCGUUCCCCAGCUCGUGGUGACGAUGACAGAAGGGCUAAUGGCCGCCAGAAUGACCGAGGUAACGGCCCCUCGUCGCCGACGCGCAAUAGAAGUGGUGGAGACCGCGAGCGAGAUGACCGUCGCAAUAACGACCGCGACCGAUCCGCGUCUCGCAAAAACAACGAUCGUAGAUCCCCGGAAACACGUGACAAUCGCGAACCAGAGAACAACGCUGAAAACAAUGAUCGAGCGCGCUCUGUCUCGCCACCUCGCGAAAAGAGUGAGGAGCGCUCCAAGACACCUCCACCGGUCGUUGACGAGGGCCCGGCUCCGGUGAGGCCUCCACCAAAGCGUCAAGACAGUCGUAGACGUGACAGACGCCGAGAUCAGCCGAAGUCUAUUCCGGUUUCGCCACCGCGUAUUGGUGUUGCAGGACCAAUAAGACGCCGUCGAAGCAACUCACGUCGCGCUCGUGGCCGGGCGGACAGCCGCCGGCGCAAUCAAGGUGCGAAGCGCCGCCGAUACGACUCGCGUUAAAAACUUUACAUGUAUGCUUGACGUUUGAAUGUUCAGAUAAGUAUUCAGUCACAGCUAGUGUACGAGUACUCUCUCGAUCAUGUAGCCUAAAUCACGUAGGGAUGUUGAAAUGAAAAUAGAAGUACUUCUGAGUGAGUUUUUAUUCAUGAUUCAAAUGGAUUAUAUGUUUCUUUCAAUGUCUGGUAGGCUCUCCACCUGAAUCUUGAGCAAGAAGAUACGAAGUAUAACAUCAGCUUGCUCAAGUACACCAUUUUGGUUGGUGCGCAGACCGGGGCACUUCUUACCGACACUGCCCUUGACUUAUUGACAUCAUUUCAGGGCGGCAAGCAUACCCACACGACUGCAACUACUAAAAGAUGUUUUGUUUUAUGUAAAUGAGGUGCCGACGCCCGACACAAACACAUCAGCCACAUAGAUAUAGAAAUAGAAAAGGAAGUGCAAAAAGUUUUUAUCAUUAGCAUUGCAAGGAACACGACAAUGAAAGACAGAACUCACUUCCUUAUCCCUGCGUCAAUCUUGUUGUGCUAACAAAGAGGACUCACUGUUGGCAUAGGAUACAUUAAGUGCAAGAGCAGCUGCAAGUAGCGGAGUAAACAGCAGGCUUCGAGGGAGAUCAAGGUCUUGGGCUUCUAGGACAAUCUAGUGGUACAGAGGAAGGACCCUCAAUUUGAGUCUUCAAGAAAAAACUGCUUCGGAGUUUACUACGCUGUGGCGGUCUGGUCUUGGUGCACGUGUAGCCUCCUCGUGAUGGCGUUCGGAUAUUUAUGCCAUGAGAGCGAGAAAGAAAAAACUUAGAUCUAAUGAAAUAAGCGUGUGAGAUGACCAACUGCUGAAUCAAUUCUAGUUUUUUUAAGAAUGCGAAAUUGGUAGUCGUACCCAUUGAACCUUGAUUUAACUUCCCCGCAUAAGUUGUCAGAGAAUCGUGAUCUUCCCCGCCCUCUUCUAUACUUGAUGACCUUCGUCGAACACUUACAUAUACAAAUACAGUAUCUAAGAAGACAAUUUCAAUUAUGUACAAACAUGAUUCAAGCGAAGUUGCUCAUCAUACAAAGAUGACCAUCAUGACCCGCAAAACACGUGAACGACGACGAAGACUAGGAUUAGUUGUCCACCGAACAUAGAUAUUUGGAGCAAAUGGGUAGCACUAGACUAUUUAUCUCUUGAUCUUGCUUGAUUAUGUUUCUCUUAUGUCGAUGUUCUUCUUCAUUUAACCGAAUACAUAUGUUAAAAGUUUUCAAAGACAAGUCAGCAAUCCGUGUGCCAUCCCCAUGCGCUCUUAUCAACUGUGGAUUCCCCCAAACAACAUGACAUAUUAUUUUUCACACGCCCACUGACUCACUUUAGUUGUAGCUCGCAUUUCUUGAAGGUCUUGAGGAUCUUAUUUUUCUUCUAGUCCACGAGCUUCGUUGUGUUGUGUCUUGAUCAUUCAAAUCUUGAGGAGGGUCACGAGUUACGCGUGUGUGGUGUUUUACGUGGUUAGCCCUGGAGGAGAGAUACGAUCCUUAUAUAUAGAAUUUCCGUCAACAAUGUGAUCCUGAAAAAGCUCAUCGCGAUGACACCCUCGUCAGACACAGCCCUCUGGUCUUGUUCUGAGAACUAGCAC